AUGUUUACCACUCUGCUACUCUUUUCUAUAUUUGUCCCUAUAUUCAAAUGCACUGGUUACCUGGAAAUUCGAUUGACUAGUCCUUAUGUUCGAGUUCUGAAUACUACUGUUGAGAUUACUGUAGGAGCAGACAAAAGUUUUCACAAGAUUCCACUGUCUCCUUAUUAUGAAUUGGCUCUCACAAAUGUGCCAAUUGAAUUUGACCAACCGGCUAAUAUUAUUAUCAGGAGUGGCCCGGUGAAAGAAAUCGGACUGACGGAUUCUGUGAUCAAUCCAAAAAUAUUUUCAACUCAAAAGAUGAGUAUUGUCACUCCGAAGGCAGGUCUGCCAUUCAGUGGUUUCAGGAUUGAUAUCAAGUGUGACACAAACUAUUUCGGCCCUCACUGUGGUCGUUACUGUGAUGAAGAGCAGGCGAGAGCAAUGGGUCGACGAUGCAAUAUCCUUGGAAAUAUUGGUUGCCCAAUCGGAUUUCGUGGGUCAAAAUGUGAUAUCGAGUUGCCAGUUGACAGUGGAAUAUGUAAAUGUAAAAACGGAGGAAAAUGUGUGAAUUCAUUCGAUUCGAAGAUGACAGCAGACUUCCCUAUCUGUGAAUGUCCACAUGGAUUCGAAGGAGCUGCGUGUGAGAAGACGAUGAAGUUGUAUGAGCCGAAAAUCUCUACUCGUUUGUUUGAAUCCACUGCUCGUUUCCACGAUUUGAGCAAUAUUUCCGUGCCGAAUCAGUUGUUUGAUGAGAAGUUAGAUGCAUCUGCUAAACUAAUCUCCCCGACGUUUCACAUAUCUCAACAGGCAAUUGGAAGAGCUCACAGAGCACCGAGGAAGCAGACGACAACACUUAUUUUUGAUCCAGUGACUCUUUCAUUUCAUUCUGCACAUAAUAACCCUUCAUUUAACCGGCCUGCGCUACGGAAAAGUUAUAGAACUGUAAGAGAUGAUAGGGUUUGA